UCCAGUCUCAACUGCAGAAAUUGAAGUCCCGAGAAAUGGUUUUUCCCUUCGCCAGCUGAGAAAGGUUAUCCCAAUCGAGUGAUUUAAUUAAUUAUAUCGUAAAUAAAUAUCAGGAUCAAGAUGCCACCGAAAAAAGCACCGGCUCCGAGCAAGAAGACGGAGAUGAAGAAGAAGGAGAAGGUCAUCGAGGAUAAAACGUUCGGUUUGAAGAAUAAAAAGGGCGCCAAACAGCAGAAAUUCAUUCAGCAAGUGGAAAAACAGGUGAAACCUGGGGCUCCACGCAAGGGGGAUGAUCCCCUCACUAAAAAACUCGAGAAGGAGAAGAAGCUGCAGGAGGCGAAGGAACUUGCACUACUCUUCAAACCAGUUCAAAGUCAAAAAGUUGAAAAGGGGACUGAUCCAAAGUCCGUGGUCUGUGCCUUCUUCAAGCAGGGCCAGUGCACCAAGGGUGACAAGUGUAAAUUCUCCCACGAUCUGACGAUCGAGCGAAAAGCUGAAAAACGCUCUCUGUACUGUGAUAUGCGAGAUGAUGACAAAGAGGCUGAUACUAUGGAUAAAUGGGAUGAGGAGAAAUUGGCUGAGGUCGUGGAGAAGAAGCAUGGCAGUGGUGGCAAUCGACCAACAACUGACAUCAUCUGCAAACACUUCUUGGCAGCAGUGGAGCAAUCGAAAUACGGUUGGUUCUGGGAAUGUCCAUCAGGUCAAAAAUGCAUUUAUCGUCAUGCCCUACCCCCUGGAUUUAUCCUGAAGAAAGACAAAAAGCAGGCUGACAAGAAGGACGAGAUUUCUCUCGAGGACUUGAUCGAGAAGGAGAGGGCCAAUUUGGGCGCCAACCAAACUAGAAUAACUCUCGAGACUUUCCUAGCCUGGAAGAAACGUAAAUUAACCGAGAAGAAGGAAAAAGCGAUCAAGGACGAGGAGAAGAAGAGGAGUGAUUACAAGGCUGGACGACAAGUCGGUAUCUCCGGACGUGAGAUGUUCUCGUUCAACCCUGAAUUGGCAGCUGGAGAUGGAAUCGACGAUGGGGACGAGGCAAUUGACAGCUAUCAGUUCCAUGAGGACGAUGAAGAGGGAGAAAAAAUUGAGUAUCGUGAGCUGGACAUGGAGAGACUGGCCAUGGAGGCCAGUGAGCUCGAUAUCACAGGUAUCACCAUUGCUCAGGACGACAGGCUCAAGGAAUUCAAGGCACCUGAAGUUAAUGGAGAGACUUCUGUGACUGUAGUGGGCGAAGGAGCAGCAGCACUAGCAAUCAAUGAGAACCUCUUCACCGAGGACGACCUUGAGGGCCUGGAGGAAGAACUGGGGGACCUGGACAUGGAGGAGUGAUCCAGACCUCCCCUCAGCCGAUCUCCUCCCGAAUAAGCCCUAUUUCAUCAACCCAAUACUGCCCAUACACUCCCGAUCGUGAUUUGACAUCACGAAUUGAACCCAUCAUAAAUUGAAUUUAACAUCUGAUCGAAGAAUUCAUUGUCGUGCACAAAACCCAAAAUCUGAUCUUUAAAUCGACGUGAAAUUAUUGCAAUCUGUUAUUAUAUUAUUUUAAUAGGGUGAAUAAACGAGAAAUAUGAAUUUUCAAAA